UGAUGAUUUUUGCAUAAAUCUAAUGAGCUGCCUACCCUCUCUUACACACACACGCACACAUACACACACACACACACCAGCAGCACCUUUCUGUGUUAAGGGCUAUCUGACAUUUUCGUGAGCUUCCAGCUUUACCAGAGCAUGGCCAUCUCACAGACAGGUUUUUAAGAUUUUCAUUGAGAAUAUAUGAGUUGCUGAAGUAAAGGAACCCUGCAGCCUCCCCAUGCUAUCUGUUGACAUGGAAAACAAGGAAAAUGGCUCUGUCGGUGUAAAAAAUUCCAUGGAGAACGGGAGGCCACCUGAUCCUGCAGACUGGGCCGUGAUGGAUGUCGUCAAUUACUUCCGAAUGGCAGGAUUUGAGGAGCAAGCUAGUGCAUUUCAGGAACAGAGGAAAACCCAAGCGCUGAGACAGAGACAUGGGCGCAGCUGCAGAGAGGAGGGCCAAGUCUCAUCUACAUCUGCAUCUUCUGAAAGAUGGCCCAGCCCUGCCUUCAACACAAUCACACGAGGAAGCAGAACACAGGAAAAGAGGAAAAGCAGGGGCGAAUCUGGCGGAGAGACACGCUCCUGUCUGCUGCUGGCCUCUGCGCCACCUGAGCUGUUACUUAAGCCUCCUCCAAUGUGUUUGCUGGGUGCUGAGCAAAGUUGAAUGGAAAGAGCACAGGGUUUGGGCUUCAAUCCUGGUUCUUGUAAUUCUGUGUGAUCCCAGGCAAAUGCUAUGACUCUCUGAGUCACGUUUUCACAUCUGUAACACCAGGUUCUCAGUGCCUAACUUGGUAGGGUGGUAUUAUGAGAAUUAAAGGGCAGUGAUGAAGGCACCUUGCCUCGGGUAGAUGCUGGCCCAACCUUGAUGCCCCCCAAAUGUGAAUUCCCUCACUCAGGUCCAGUGUUGAUACUGGAGAGAUGGAGGGAAGAGCAGGGAAUCCCUCCCAAUUGUCUGGGUGAUUGCUGAUUCCAUUUUCCAGGCUGGGCCAGCACUGUAGGGAUGGUUUUCAAAGGGUUUUGACCAUGAGGAAGCAAAUCAGGAUACAUGCGAUCCACACCAGACCAGUUCUGUAGGGAAACACAGAGUUCCCGUUUCCCUACCAAUGAAGUCUGCAGUAUUCUAAGCAUUAAGUUCACUCUUCUAAUUUUAUAAUGUAAUUGAGAGAAUUAUAAACUGAGCAAUGCAUUUCGCUGCUUCUUGCACAUCCCUUUAGCCAUUUCUUACUCUCUCAAGCUGGGUUUGGAUAAGUGCAAUUUUCUAAUAUCAUGUUUUCUGAUGAAAUAUAUAUCUUGUAUUCUAAUAAAUAUCUAAUGCCGUAUAUAGAAAAGUGCACUUCUCUAAUAUCAUACAUAAAUCUAAUCUCUAGAUUUCCUUCAACCAGUAUUUUCUUCAACUUUAUCCCUGCAUAUGUGUUUUUUGUUAACUUGGAAAAUUUGCCAGAAUAACAGCUUAAAUCACUUCACACCCACCAGGACAGCUAAAAUUAGAAAGACUGAUAGCAAAUGUUCGUGAGGAUAUAGAGCAACCACACUCAUCUACAUUGUUAGUGGGAGUGUAAAAAAAAACACUCUUGUAUCUACCCCAUGAUCUAGUAGCUUCAUUCCAGAAUGUUUACCCAAGGGAAAUGAAAGCAUAUGUCCACCAAAGAUUUGCACAACACUGUUCAAGUAGCUUUAUUCCUAAUAGUCCAAAACUGGAAGCUCAAGUGUCCAUCAAUAGGAGAGUGAAUAGACAAACUGUGGUCUAGUCUUACAGUGGAAUAAAGAAAAAUGAACUACUGAUACACACAACAGUUUGGAUGAAUCUUAAAACAUUAUGCUGAAUGAGAGAAACUCUACAUAAAAGAUCUUGUUCUGAAUGGUUUUUGUCUUAAUCCAUGUGGGUUGCUAUAACAAAAAUACCAUGAACUGUGUGACUUAUAAGCAACACUUAUUUCUCAUAUUUUGCAGGUAGGAAGUCUAAGAUGAAGGCAUUAGUUGACUGGGUGUCUGGUGAGGGCCCACUUCCUAGGCAGCCAUCAUUUUGCUGUGUCCUCACAGAGGAAGGGAUGAGCAAGCUCUCUGGGCCCACUUUUAUAAAGGCCCAGAUACACAUGGGGGCUCUGUUCUCAUCAUCUAUUAAUAAUUGCCUCCCAAAGGGCCCGGCUCUUAAUAUCGAUACUAAUACCCUCAAGAUCCAUUGGGGGAUUGGUUUCAACAUACAAAUCUGGGGGAGAACACAUUCAGACCAUAGCAGUUCUGUUUAGAUAAAGGAUGAAAACAGGAAAAUACACUCAUGAUAGAAAAAAAAAUCAGACAAUGCUUGCCUCUGGGUAGGUAGGAGAGGGGGAUGACUGGGAAGGAGCGUGAGGGAACUUUCUGAGGGAUGGUAGCAUUUUGCAUCUUGAUAAAGCUUUGGAUUAUGGGUAUAUGCAUUGGUCACUGCUUAUGCACAAACAUAUGCAAGUGAUCCAGAUUUGUGUAUUACACAGCCAGUAAAUUUUUUCCUCAGAAGUAAAAGACCUAUGAAAGUGACAUUG